AUGACCCGCGACAUUCGGCAGCGGGCGCUGGAGAAGAUCGCGUCUCUCUCCGCUGCCAGCCCGCGAACGUCAUUCGAUCGUUCCGAUCUUGAUCGGCUGUGCAAGGCUACCCAGACCGCUGGGAAGGGCGUCAAUGGCUACUCGAACAAGCAACCGUCUUCAUCUCUCGGGAGAUGUCCCAUGACAAUCCGUGAAUUCGAGGUCCUGCUGUCGCUAUGCAAAGCCGCGCCCGCCAUCCAGACUAGCCAGAGCGCCCAGAAGCUUGCGCACCAGCUGAUUCCCUACAUCCUCGAGGCGCACAUUCAAAUCUUCGUCCCCUCACCCUUCUUCAGAAAGGUCGAGCCGUCGCCAACUGAGGCUUUGGCAUUCCAUGUUACGGCCGCGCUGCUUUCCCUUGGCUCACACUACGAUGACCUGCACGAGAUCGUUUCGGACAACAUUUGGGCCUUCGUCAACGCUUGCACCCAUGCGGCGGACCAUACGGUCCCUCCUCAUGCUGACGACGAGGACCCGAACCUCGAGGACGCCAUCAGGACGGCUACGAUUGCCGUCUCUUUGCUUGGCUUUCUUGACGCGGCCUCGGCGCAGGUGGACUUUUGGAGAGCUGGAGGCCGAUUGGCCUUGUUGCAAAGAUUCAGGGAUAUCCUGUCGGAAUCGUUCUUGAUCGCCGUGGAGACGGCCUUUUCUACCAUCAGGAACUCGCAGUCCUCGGAUCGUCAUGCCCGAGAGUGGAAGAGAUACCUGCGCCACUACUCGGCUGCUGGACGACCUCUGGGAGCUAUCCUACUGCAGAGAAGCUACAUGUGGCUUCUUGUUGCCGGCACAUCACUGUUGGUGACCGACGCGUCGCUCUUGCGCAGGACUCACAUCCUCGACCUGCUCAUGUCCGGGGAUGGGGAUUUCAGACCAGGCUCUCCACGCAGCCCCGAUGCUGAUUAUCGGUCCCUUGACUUGUACACCACUGUGGCCGUAGACCAGAUGAACUACCUGGAGGCUGGCGAGGAUUACCUCAGGCUUGGGUCUACGUGGCAGCAGAGAUUGGCCUUCGCUGUCAAGUCGGCAGCCCUCAUCAGCUAUCUCAACUGUUCGCUCAUGAACGAGGAGGUGGCAGACAUUGACGUGCUCAUUACCUGGUUGGAGGAGACGCUUGCGGAUCCCCUUCAGAUGGCAGACGAGAACCUGGCGGCAACCGUACUGAGAUCGAUUGCGUUGGCUUGCAAAAUCUCUAGAGGAUACGCUGCGACCGCCAGCCGCCUUUUGCCCCGGUUCAUCGUACAAAGCGCACCGAACGCUCGCAUUGUUGCGAUUGCAUCCAAAAGCCUUGCAUACGUGCUGCAGAUGCUCUCUCACGAUGCCGUGAUCACUACUCUGUACACCCUUGGCAACGUCCUGAGCCCGGGUUCUGAUAGAUCCAUGACGAACGGAACCAACGGCGAUCUCGGCGUGGAUGGUGCUCACAAUCUCUACGCCAACCGCCACUCUACUGGCAGCAGCAUCUCCUUGGCUAUCACGGGCGAGGAAGAGACGGCCAUGGUCUACGGCAAUGUGGUUCAAGCUAUCUGCGGCAUUGCAACAGCCUGUAACGACGAGAAGAUCACUGCUUUGGCGCAGUCCAUGUUGUUGCAAAAGAUCGACAAAGUCAACAGCAGUGUUGACGCUCAGAUCAUCAGCGGCGCCGCUGCCCUUGCUUUGAAGGGUGGACAACUUGAGUUCCGAUCGCUGCUGAAGGUGUUUUCCAGAAUCUGCCACCUUGGAGUUGUUAGCCACAAGGACUUUCUUUUGGCCGCUGUAAUGAAGGCACGCACACACAUCUCGGCAAACCUCCACCGCGGGUCGCCCCUUUACGACAUCUACUGGGAGCAUUUGCUUGAGAGCAUCAUCUCCAUGGGCGAUGUCCAUCAGUCAAACCACACCAAGGAAGCAGACGUCCAGCUGGCCGCGAGGGAGAUCGCUGAGUUGCUGCACCCAUUGGCUGUCUUCAUGUCCACCAACGACUUGGCAUUCAACUCGGUGACUGAUGAUGAGUCGCACUCCAUGAUCCGAGACGCCUGGUUCAACAUUGUUGUUCAUGGUUUCACAACACAGACCGACAUGGGCAAGAGAUACCUUGACGAACUUCGGAUUAUGGCUGUACACUCUCCUCCUUUGGUCGCCGAACAGCGGGGAGAGCAGAUUGAGAGUGACAUCGAGCUGAAUACCGUCUUGCGUCGAGGCUUGACCUCCGACCGAGAGUCGAUGCAGAAGAAGCAUCUGGCCGAGUUGAUUCCCAACAAGGCCACAGAGAUCAAGGGGCUGAGCUACCGCAAGAUCAUCUUUUUGCACGCCGCCUACCUAGUCGAGAGCUUGCGCGCCGAUGCUGGCGAUUGCACUAAGGCACUCUCCUACUUUUUGGAGCCUAGCAUGCGCAGGGGAGAAGUCAGCAGCACUAUGGAGGGCAUUUCCGCCGCGGUGGUUGACAAGUACCUGCGCAAGACCUUGGGCGGUACGGACGCUACUUUUUCAGCACAAUAUGCCGCUAGUCAGCUCGCCUCCAUCUUCUGCGGCUGCUGUCACCGAAUUGAGCGUGUCCAGCAAGCUGCGUUCACCUGCGCCGACCGUAUCAUCAGCCAGGUUCCUUCUGCCCUGUGUCACCGGUCGUCGCUCUUUGCUCUGUUGGAGCUCUUGUCUCUGAUGUGGUCGAGUUGCCUGGAGGCAGAGACCGAUGCCUAUGCUCCACGAUCGAAGUUCACUUCCGAACUUGGAAAUGUGUCUGUCGAGCUAUCAGAUGACUACAACUUCCGUCGUCAUACCUUGGAGGUUCUCAACCGUAGGGCCAAGCAAUGGGUCUCCAGCGUGAUCAGUCUGGCUCCCUUGGACAUCAAGGGUCUUCUCCAGACGUACCUGUCGGAGUUUGACGACGAAGGAGCGUACGGGCACAUCUCUCUGGGUCGCUCUUUUGCCAUGGAGCUCGGCUCUCUCAUGCCCUCCACCGACCAGAGACUACAGUCCCUAGACCGAGUUGGAGAUUGCAGCAUCAACACCGGCUCCGACUUCAUUGCUCAGUACACGACCCGCCAAGAAUACCGAUACGGCGAGACCCUGCCCGAACGUGGCAACGAAUUGACAAACUUCAUGCAAUUGAACCGUAGAGCGUCUUUCCUGCAGUCAUCAGUCUCGACUUCCAGCGACAGUGCCAACGCGGCCACAGCCCUGGCACACGUUGAGGCCCGCAUCAAGAGCAAGAAGACGACCGCUCUCAGUGAGGUUCGCGAAAUCCUGCGCCGAGCAGCGGCCCUGCUGUGUCGCAGUGACCGCGAUGAGUCUGCUGUUGCACACUACCUCGUCAGCAUUCCAUUCACCAUGUUUACGAAGCAAUCCAUCAAGCUAGGCGUCUCCUUGUGGCUGGGUGUGAUGAACGAGAGCCCGCGUCUUGAGCCAAGGCUUCUCACCGAGAUUGCCCAGCAAUGGGAGGUGACCAUUCAGAAGGGCCUGGGGCUUUUCAGUCAUGCCAUGUCACACCCCGACCCCUUCUUCCUCAAGGAGGAGUUCGCGCCUAGUGACUUGGAGGCUUUGGCCAAGCGCAAGCAACAGGUGCACAAUCUGCUGUCACCACACACGAGACUGCUGCAGUUUUUCGCAAGUCACUUCAAUGCCACCCGUUUGGGCAGUCCCGAUGUCCAGCGAAUCUUCCUGCGCAUGCUCGAUGUCACCCUGGAUGCUGUGCGGUCAUCGACGUCACACCCGAUGGCACGAGAACUGCGGUUUCAGAUCGUGUUGUUCGGGCUGAAGGUGCUGCACGUCUGUACGACCAUUGGCGCCAUCGCGCAAUGGCGAUUCAAGGAAAAAAUCCUGUCGGCCGCGCUCAGCUGGUUCCGAUUCGCACCAAGAUGGUCCUUUGGCAGCAACAUCCUGCAGCUAAAGACAGAAAUUCGUCUGCUGACUGACAUUGUGGCUGCUCUGAGGAACGUUGCGUUCAUUGGGGCCAAUGCUCCGGAUACCAUCAAGUCCCUGCAGGCCAAGGAGCAACUACUUGUCCUUCUCUUGGAGAGUGAGCAGAUACGUCUGUCGGUGUGGGUUCACCCGCUCGGCGAGCCAGUCAAGCCCCAUGGACAGUCUAACAAGGCUGCUAUCGAGACUGCUCUUGCACCUCUCAUCAGGGUUGCCUGGGCCGAAGACCCGUCUAUUGCCAUUGAACUCGUCACACGAUUCCCGUAUCCUCGAGUUCAGCGCGAUGUGAGAUGGUUGUUGAUCAACUUCCCGCAAAAGGCCAUUUCGGAGCCGGAAGGCCUGCCCAUCCUUCUGGGCGGCUCUUUGCCCAACGACGUCAGCUUCCAGCUGAAGUACCUGUUGUUCUGGUCGCCUGUGAACCCCAUUACAGCUGUCACGUACUUCCUCCCCGCCUAUCGCAACCAUCCAUUCCUGAUGCAGUACGCCAUGAGAGCAUUGGAGAGCCACUCCAGCGAUGUGACCUUCUUCUACGUUCCGCAAAUCGUGCAGACACUGCGAUACGACGCAUUGGGUUACGUGGAGCGGUACAUCUUGGAGACGGCCCAGUUCUCGCAGCUGUUCGCCCAUCAAAUCAUUUGGAACAUGAAGGCCAAUGCCUACAAGGAUGAUGACGCAACCAUUCCUGAUGCCAUCAAACCCACGCUUGACAAGGUCAUGGAGAAGAUGAUUGCAAGCUUCAGUGAUGUGGACAGGACAUUCUACGAGCGCGAGUUUGCCUUCUUUGACGAGGUCACGGACAUCUCGGGUAAGUUGAAGCCAUACGUCGGCCGGUCCAAGCCGGAGAAGGCGCAGAAGAUCGAGGAAGAACUCCGCAAGAUCAAGGUUGAGAUUGGUGUCUACCUGCCAAGCAACCCCGAUGGUGUUGUCAUCGGUAUCGAUCGCAAGUCUGGCAAACCUCUGCAAAGUCACGCCAAGGCGCCCUACUUGGCCACGUUCCGCAUCAAGAAGAACAAGGGCAGCCUCGAGGAUGUCAAUGACAUGCUUGAGGAUGCACACAAGAAGAAUUCUUCGCCGCCCAUGCCGGAGAAUACCAUUGAGGUGUGGCAGUCGGCCAUUUUCAAGGUCGGCGACGACUGCCGACAGGAUGUGCUUGCUCUGCAGAUGAUUGCGGCUUUCCGCGGCAUCUUCCACAACGUUGGCCUGGACGUCUACGUCUUUCCGUACCGCGUCACGGCAACGGCCCCCGGGUGCGGUGUCAUUGACGUGUUGCCCAACUCGGUGUCCAGAGAUAUGCUAGGCCGUGAGGCCGUCAACGGCCUCUACGACUACUUCAUUUCCAAGUACGGCAACGAGGACUCGCUCCGCUUCCAGCAGGCGCGCAGCAACUUUGUCAAGAGCAUGGCGGCCUAUUCCAUCAUCUCUUUCCUGCUGCAGUUCAAAGACCGACACAACGGCAACAUCAUGAUCGACGACGCGGGCCACAUCCUGCACAUCGACUUCGGGUUCUGCUUUGACAUCGCCCCCGGCGGCAUCAAGUUCGAGCGUGCGCCGUUCAAGCUGACGACGGAGAUGCUGGCGGUCAUGGGCGGCAACCCGCACCACCAGGCCUUUAAGUGGUUCGAGGAGCUCUGCGUCAAGGCGUUCCUCGCGUCGCGGCAGCACUGCGAGAAGCUCAGCCAGAUCGUACUCCUCAUGAUGGACUCGGGCCUGCCGUGCUUCAAGCCCGAGAGCGUGCAGCACUUCAAGGAGCGCUUCGUGCUGGAGCGCAGCGAGCGCGAGGCGGCCGACUUUGUCAAGGACCUCAUCCGCAGGAGCGCCAACAGCUACUCAACGGGCGUGUACGACCAGUUCCAGCUCCUGACCAACGGCAUUCCCUACUGA